GUCUAGUUGAUGAUGAUGGGAAAAGUUAUGAGGAUCCUUAUAUGUCAAAUGAUAAGAAUAUUACUCCUGAGAAGCCAACUACGGUAAGUGAGAAGAGGAACCACUUUUUGUCAUUCUAUUGUUUUCAUUGUGUUCCUCACUGCAUUUACUUGUGAUUUUGUGUAUGUUUAGGUUUGUUUGAAUGUUAGACAUAGUCUUACACCAUCUAGGGCUGAGAUCAACUCUCUGUUUCUCUUGCUAGUUUGACUUGGCAUUACAAGUUUUAUAGCACAACUGCAUAUGCACUGCAAAGGAUAACAGUUGCACCAAAAGCAGGACAAGAAAAUGAAACGAGUUACUUUUUUCUAUUAUUGCCUGUUUAUGUUCUUAAUUUAUAUCCUUCUCUUCCAAGCCUGUAAGCAACCCCAGUUAAUAAUGUCACAAUUUUUAGUAGGCCUUUGUUAUGUUCUCAGAUCUGAAAAUAGGCGAUUCCAAGUUAAUUUUGGUGUCACAAUAUUAUACUUGUCUAGCUGCUGUUUACCUAGAUUCUUGUUGGAAACGAGAUUCUAUAUUAUGACCCUGAUCUUGGUAGAUCACCAAUGAAUUUCCGUGAUGUCUUUCUUCAUAGUCAAGCUCUCGAAGGCAUGACAAUGUCUAUGAUUCUUGGAGCACCGAAUGAAGAGGAGCUUUUCUUACUGCAUGAAAUAUUUGGGCUGUGUCUAACAGGAGGGAGGGAAGUCCAUAAUCUAGUUGUGAAAAGUAUACAAGAUAUGGCUGAAGCAUUCUCAGCAUAUGAUGGUGAAAUGCUGGUAAGGAAGGAAGAAUUGCUUCAAUUUGCUCAAGGUGCAAUUACUGGGCUGAAAGUAACUGCUGACAUAGCAAGAAUAGAUUCUGAAAUCUCACAAAUACAGCAAAGCUUGGAUAGAAUGAAAUGCCAGAAAUCUGCAGGCGAGGGCGGUAAAAAUUCAUCUGAAGCACAAAGUCUUGCAUCAUUAAAGGCUACAAAAGAAUCUGUUGCCCACAUUCAAUUAUGCUGCAGAUUGAAGUCACUUCUACUAAAGAAAAGAUUGUUGAAAAAGGGGGAUACACCAGAGACUCAUUCUCAGAAAGUUCAUAAAUUAAAACUUCUGUUAGAAUCGCUUCAUAGUUCGGUCUCCAAAACUGAGAAGCGAAUUCUAGAGCAUAGGGAAGAGAAAAAAGAAGUCCUUACUUUUCGUGUAGCCAGAACUACUGACGUCAGCCAAUUUGAGAAGGACUUGGAAGCUGAAAUUAGUUUGCUUGAAGAGCAAAGAGACAAACUUGAAGCUGAAUUGGGAAAGGUUAAUAACACAUUGGCUGUUGCAAUUACCCGUCUCCAAAAUGCCAGGGAAGAGAGGUUACAGUUUGACGAAGAUAAUAAUGAGUUUCUUCUACUCUUAAAGGCAAAGGAAGAUGAACUCUCAAACACAAUUGUUUCGUAUAAAGCAGAGGCAGAUACUUGUAAUGCAUUUAUUAAUUUUCUGGAAGCUACUUGGGCUUUCCAGUCCUCCUAUGUGGAGCAGAGGGACAAGCAGGUCAAUGAUCAAUUGGAGAAUCAUGAAGCAUACCUUAUAAAUGUGGCUAGUAGUUUUUUAUCUACUUAUAAGGAGCAACUGGAGCCUGCUAUCGCCAAAUUGAAGAAGCUGUGGGAGGACUUGAAAGGGUAUGAGAAAACAAUCGAUCCAGAUGUGGAAUUUUUGCAAGAUAUAAGACGAAGGGUAAUUCUUGAGCAGGAAUAUAUGGAUGCAGAAGCCAAGGUUAUCAACAUCUUUGAUGCAGUGGAGAGCAUUAAAGAGCACUUUUACGGUGCAAUCGAUGAUGCCUCUAUGGAAGGUGUUAAAGUGGUUGGGGAGUUAUGUGGUGCCAUUGAGAAGAUGAAAGGUGACUUCAAAACCAUCAAAAGACCAAAUCUGAGAAUCGAGAGCCCGCCCGAGGAAGAAGAGCCCCCAGCAACAGCAAGUCCCCAAGGACUCGUACUUUCACCUGGACUCGUCAUGCCAGAUUUUAAGUCGAUUUUUUCUCAGAAAUUGAUGAUCAAAUCUCCUAAACAAAAACCAUACAUACCCUUAGGUGGCCUUUCAGAAAACCAUCCGUCUUCAACCACGGAGAACGAUACAAAGUCGGCGGAAAGCGAACAACAUAAAACGAAAGUCAAAGAGUCCGAAAAGCCAUCACACCCUGAUAAAGAUGCAUCAAAUCUCACCUUAGAAUUUGAGAAUGAGACUACAGGACAAAAAUCAAGAGCCAAAAGUGAUCAAGGAGAACCGGAGAAAAUGUCAUCGGGUCUUGAUGAAGAGAGUAGGAGGCAAAGUAAAAUGCAUCAACAUCCUGCAUUAGACCCUGUAGAAGGUAAUGGCGAAAAUUUACUUCACUCGAAUGACGGAAUACCCAAAGUGACCUUGGCAGCAGAAGCCGCUACAUCAGAACCUGUGCUUGACAAGACGUCCCAACUUACAACAGGCAAUGGCAAAAGAUCGGUAGAGCCUGAUGAGCAACCGCCAAAAUCAACCUCACGAAGUGAGGAGCAAGGUAAGGUCCCAACAGAAGAAGUUGUCCAGAAAUCCGUCAAACUUGUGAACGAGCUGAAAGAUGACAAUUUAUCGUCAUAAAAAGUGUUGAAAUUAGCUCCGGUGAGUCGAAGAUCUUUCGGUUUGUGUCACCCCCUAUCGGUUAUGAAUUCGAAUUACAGGUAUUAUUUAUAAGUCUUCAGUAUUGUGUUAAACAACCGCUUUAUUCUUUGCGGUGGAGAACUUGCAUACAUCCAAGCACUUGGAAUUCGUUGGUUCGGCUUGGUUUGGUUUUCUAUUGGGUUACUGAUCAUUUCCAUUUAUAUAGAUUUUCUUUAAGAUUAUUAUGUUCAUUUUGAAGCUUAAUCUGUUCAUGAGCAUCCUUGUUGAUUUCUUUUCGUCCCUGAUCGUUCAAAAUUGUUGUUUUUUGACAGUUACAGUUAGUCUCGGGACGAAAGCCAAAAUGAAUUGAAACCACACUGACGAAAACCGUAAUUUCAAUAAACCAUGAAUAAAAUGAAUUAAUUUUCAUUCCUCUUAUAUUAUAUCAAAAUUAAACAGUUCUUUUAUAU